AUGGGGGAGCUGCUCAAAGAAACGAAGGAAUCAACCCCAACAUCUCCUGAAUCUUCUGCGGGAAAGCAGUCCACCAAAGAAGUUAAAAAGAAAAAGAAUUCAGCUGCUUCUAAUUCUGGACACAAUGGAGAGAUACGCAACUACUGGAUUGAGUAUUGGGAUAGAAAACAAAGGAGAUGGAUUUGUAUUGACCCACUCCGAGCAACUGUUGAUGAGCCAAACUCCAUCGAAGAGAAUCUCACAAAGCCAGUCAGCUAUGUGUUUGCAAUAGACAGCGGUCCGUCCGUUCAUUUUUCUACAUUUAAGGAAGGCGGUGUUCGGGAUAUUACUGCCCGUUAUGCUUCCAACUACUUGCGCCCGGAGUUUCGCCGGUUACGCACUACUCAGCAAUGGAUUGCCACUACUCUGAGAAGAAAAUCAUUGCGUGCGAAUCGAGAAAGAAGCGACCAAGAAGAUAUGUACCUGCGACAAGAGCUUGUGAAUAAACCGCUUCCAACUACAGUUGCGGAAUAUAAAAACCAUCCAUUGUACGUCCUGGAGAAAGACUUGCUCAAGUUUGAAGGUAUUUAUCCAAAACCCGAGGAUCAGAAACCAUUGGGCGAGGUCCGCGGGCACAAAGUCUUUCCGCGCUCUACGGUUUACACUCUCCAAAGUGCGAAUAAUUGGAUUAAAAUGGCAAGGAGCGUCAAGGAAGGAGAAGAACCUUAUAAAGUGGUGAAAGCCCGAACAAACCCUCGUAUUCCCAUUGAACAACGUGAACAGAAAUAUCUGGAUAUCUUUGGUUAUUGGCAGACGGAACCAUUUCGACCACCAAAGGUUGAAAAUGGGCGCAUUCCACGCAACGAGUAUGGCAAUGUCUACAUGUAUCAACCGUCCAUGUGCCCAGUUGGAGCGGUACAUAUACGUUUACCUGGAUUACCUAACAUCGCUCGACGUUUGGGAGGGUUGGAGUGCGUUCCUGCUGUUGUGGGAUGGGAGUUCAACUCUUGCGCAAACUUUCCAAUAAUUGAGGGUGCAUGCGUAUUGGAAAAGGAUGCACAGCUCUUUAUCGACGAGUGGAAGAGACUAGAAUCUACGCGAGAAGAAAGAGAAAAUAAGGUGAGUGGUCACGGUUCUUAAUU